GUGAACGGGCAGGUCGUCUCGUCCGCCAUUUUGUUUUCUAAAAUAAAAAGACUGGUUCGUGUCCUGUUCUACUUGCUGUGCGUUGGCAGUGGGUUUAUUUCCUUGUGCUACGUAAUUUAAUUUUAAUUAUGUGUGUAUAAUUUGUACGUGAGAAAUCAGCGUAAAAUUGUGAAAUUACCUCACCGUGUUAUCAUUGAUAACUAAUGUGCUGUUGAAGAAGGCUUGGUAUGGUGAGAACAGCGGAAACUUUCACCGAGCAAGAUGGCAAAGGAAAUCGCAGAGGAGUACGCAUCCAGCCUGGCAGAUCUUACUGUCAACAGCAAACCUCUUAUAAAUAUGCUAACAAUAUUAGCAGAAGAGAACAUCGACCAUGCCGGGGUUAUCGUUGAUACCGUGGAGAAACAUUUGGAGAAGGUACAUCCAGACAUCAAGCUGCCUGUUCUGUAUUUAGUUGAUUCUAUCAUCAAGAAUGUUGGUGGGGCAUACACUCAGAAGUUUUCACAGAGCAUCGUAAAUAUGUUCACAAGGACAUUCAAGCAGGUUGAUGAAAAAGUAAGGUCUCAGAUGUUCAAACUGCGGGAGACAUGGCACGAUGUGUUCCCCGCCACAAAGCUGUAUCAGUUGGAUGUGAAAGUGAACCUGAUUGAUCCGGCGUGGCCUAUCCAAGCGCAGCCGCAACAAUCUAACAUCCAUGUAAAUCCAAAUUUUCUGAAAAAGAAUACUGCCGCUGCACCAACAACCAGCGCUGCAGCAACCCUAACAGAAGAUGAAGAGAAGAUGCGCACCAUACUCGCUAAGAAGGAACAAGAGCUCCUCAUGCUGCAAAGAAAGAAGAUUGAAAUGGAGCUGGAGAAAACUCGGCGACAGCUCGAGUUGGCAGAGAAAAAUGCUAAAAUGGUGGGUCCGAGCAAUGUGUCAGCGAUGCCAAUAGCGGUAGUGAACCCCGCACCCGCACCCAACACUGCAACCACAGCAACACCUGCACCAACAGUCUCUGUCAAACAGCGGUUGGGACCGCCAGUAAACAAGCCGGCGGGAGGCCGCAUUGCGCCCGUCAGCGGAGCCCUCGUCACUGCGCGUCGCGACCCUCGGCUCGCACGUCGCCCUCCGCCCCCGCAGCCCGCGACACUAGUGCCCCCCGUGCCCCACGUGCCUCAUGUACCUCUAGUGCCUCACGUGCCCCUCGCCUCCAACGGCCCUCCCAUAGCGCCCAACGUGUUCGACAUAAAGCCCCUCGAAAGGGUCACCAAGCGCAAGAACGUCAUCACCAUCGACGUGCGUCUCGACGCUGCCAAAGACCCGCGUCGUCGAGACCCUCGGCUGUCGGACCGCGCCAGAGAGAGACGCGCCAAGAAGACCGACGAGGAACGGGAGAGAAAGCGCGAGGAGCUCCGCCAGGAGAAAGACAAGGCGAGAGAUAACGCCGCCUACAGCAUCCGCACCGCGGUCGACGACUACAUCGAUCGUCUGCAAAUAUCUGAUCCGAAAAAGAUCAACAAGCUCCCACCUAUCCCUAAAAUAAACAGGGACGAAAAUAAAGACGAUGAACCCGCACCCACCAAAAAGAGAAAGGAGAAUCCUAAAGAGAGACGGAAGAAGAAGGAACAGAACUCUAGCAAAGAGAGUUCGAGCAGCUCAUCGCCGGAGAAGCGACAGAAAUCGAAAGAGACGAGAAAGAAACCUAAAGCGAAGCUGGAGGUGGAGGAGACGCCUCCUGCUGUAGCGGAAACUGUCACAUUUAAAGUGCUAAAGAAUUUCAACAAGGACAACUAUAUGUGCCGGAAUAAAAAGAAAUCUGAGAGUCCGGAGCGAGAUACAGAAGAAAAGCCUGAAGACAAGAAAUCUAAUAGUGAACCAACAAAUGUACUCGACGUUGUCAUGGAGACUAAGGACGUUGACCUUAGGGUCCUGCAGCCGGUGCUGGAGGCCAGCGCCGCUGCGGUCGCGCAGAAGAGACCGUCCACAGAAACUAUUGAAGGAAAGCCCAAGAAGAAUAAACUUGAUAAAUUUGAUAUCUUAUUUGGCAAUGAAGAUGUGGAUCUUCGUCAAUUACCACAAGUAGACGAAUUGGUGCCUCCCCCACCGCCCACCAUAACCGAGUCCCCUAAAGUCGACGUUUCCCUCGACGACGCCGAGGAUGACGGUCCCAUAUCCACCAGCUCACCCAAACAGAAAGACUGGCACGAGGUUAAAGAGAAGAAAGAUGAUACAAAGAAAACUCCCUCAAAACUGGACCUCGUCAGAGCGAAGCUCGCUGAGGCCACGAAAGGAAAAGACCGAUUAGGUCGACCCUUACUUUUCAGUAAAUCGCCUAGUAUUGAGAGGGAGAGGCGGCGCACGCUCAGCUCCGACGAUGGGGACCACAAGUCUGACAGCGGGGACGAUUUCACGCCCGAAGACCACAAGAAGACCAUAUCGAUUAUCAUGUCACAGGCGAAGGAACAGUUCAGCGACGGCAAACUGGACAAGAACCAGUACAACACUCUGAUGUACCAAGUGCUGCAGCUCAACGAGAAGCUCAAGCUGAAAGAGGCCAAACAGAGGGAGUCGCUCGAGCUGUCCAAGCGGAAGCUGAAAGCCCACAUUGACGAAGAAAACCAUAAGGUCGCCAGUCCCAAGACCUCGCCGUCGGAUAUGAACAACUUCGGCGACAUAGAUGAGAGAGUCGCCCCCUCCGCGUACCUCGACACCCCGCCCGACAGCCAGAAUUACAUGCAGGAUUCCGACAUGAGAAAGAACCCGAUUGGGCCCGACGCGGCCGACGGCAAGGCACAGGGUCUGCUGCCCCUGCCUCCCAUGAUGCCCAUGUACAUGGGCCCCUUCCCCAUGUGGCGGGGACAGUCGAGACCGCGCAUGGAAGAAUUCGGACCCCGAAGAUUUAGAGGUCCGAUGCCACCGUUCUUUAGAGGCAAAUUCGAUAAGAGGGCGCCGCCGAGGCUACCUUUUGACCCUCGCCUGCCGCUGCCGCUGCCUACGCCCAAGCUGGGCAUGUGCCAGGGCGAUAGCCCACUGCAGCCCUACGAACGAGCGGAGUCGCCGCCACCUAUCGGCACUCCCGGACACACCAUCCCGCCUACUAACCUCCAAAUCCUCGAGUACAUCGACCAAGAUCCCGUCAAAACUAUUCAGAUUGAUGGAGUUCCCCGAGAGAUAAGAUUCUACGGGGAAACCGCAGUCAUUAUGUUGGACUGGGACGACCCGCGCGAGAUCAAGUUCCUGCCGGGCUGCAGGAGGGUGACGUUUGACAAUAAGGACUCGGUGAUCCUAAACUUCAACGAAGGUUACAAACAAGUGGAAAUUGACGAUCAAGUGUUCGACAUUAGAUUCGGUGCUCCCACAAGAGAGCUGUACAUCAACGGGAGGUGGUACGAGUGCUUCUUCGGCGGACAGCCGCUGGGCGUGCUCAUAGACGGCAAGCCGAGACUGUUGCACUUGGAGGGACCGCUUCCACAAGUCGAUAUCGGUAAAACGAAGCGGACCGAUCUCGUGGCUGGAAAAAUAAACCUGAUUAUAAACGCGACACAGAUGUGCCCCGUGUACCUGGACGCUAAAGUUCAAAAGAUUAUGAUAAACGGUCAAUUCUUCACGUUGCGUUUCGUGGAUGCCCUCAGGACCGUUCUGAUCAAUGAGAAACCCUUCAAGGUCGAGUUCGGAGAUCUACCGAGGCCAAUAUUUAUCGGGAAGGAGAAGUUCUUUGUCAGAUUCUCCGCCCUGCCGCGUCACAUCAAGCCGGGGCAGAUUGAGAUCGCCGACAUGGAGGGCGUGUCGGUGCCCGCCAGCCUGCCCGCGCCGGCGCCCGACAGCCCGACUAAAAUCGAUAAAGAUCCUGAGGAAGCAGACGAGGAACCGAUAGCCAGGCCUAAGAAAUCACCGAGUCCCGACGGCGAGAACCAAGGUCUGGACAUGUUGGCAAGUUUAAUGCCAUCCAGCAUGGCACCAGCGUCAGGGUCAGAGUACAGCGUGGCCGAGCCGAUGUUCAGCAAGACUGACAAGAUCCCGGGCCUGGAGACUCCUGCUGAAGAGAAACCGGCCCCGCUGCCCAUACUUGGCAAUAUCAAUAUUAAUGAUCUAUUCGCCAAGCUAGUCGCUACCGGAAUUGUACAAGUUCCUAAAGAUAAUAAAGAAGAUAUUAAAACUGAUGAAAUUAUACCAAAACAAGAUAAGAAUAUCAUACGUCAAGUGGAUCUACUUAAACCUGAAACUUUAAAGAUCAAGCAGCCGGCGCUGGUGUCGCGGCUGUACGGCGGCAUGCAGUGCAGCGGGUGCGGGGCUCGCUUCCCGCCAGAGCACACAGUGCGAUACUCGCAGCAUCUCGACUGGCACUUCAGACAGAACCGCCGCGAGAGAGACUCAGCACGUCGGGCACACUCUCGCACUUGGCACUACGACCUGCCGGACUGGCUGCGAUACGAGGAGCUGGAGGAACUCGACGAGAGAGAAAAGAACUGGUUCGAGACGAACGCGCCAGCAGCUGAGAGCGGGUCCGGUGGUGAGGUGGCGGUGGAGGCCCCGAGUGCGGCCGCCGGAGCACCCGCGGCGCAGCACUGCGCCCUCUGCGGAGACCUCUUCCUGCAGUUCUACAAUGAGGACCGAGAGGAGUGGCAUCUCAGGAACGCAGUGCGCCAUAAUGACCAACAUUACCACCCGCUCUGUCUGGCUGACUAUAAAGCGUCUCUGGCUAAAGAAGAGCCAGAAGAAAUGUCAGAAAAGGCCGAUGGUGAGGUGGAGAAAACGGAGCCGAUAGAGGUAGACACGGAGGAGGUGAAGCUGGCCUCUGACGACGAGUCCGACGUCGAGGUCCUUGAGGUUAAGGAACCUGUUGUUGAGGCUCUAGAGAUAGAAGAAGCCUCGUGCUCUGAGUCCGAGGACGACGACGUGGUGCUGAAGACGGAGCCGGUGGAGCAGGUGGUGCUGGAGGACGCGGACACGGAUGAUGAGACCAGCGAGGCUCGGCGUCAGCGGGACAUCGCCGCUGCUGACUUUGCCAACGUGCGCGUCAAACAGGAACCCAUUGACCCCGAUGAUGAACCAGUUAUAACGGUGGACGAGGAUCGUCUUCCCACCACCGUAGAGACAACGCACACGACAGUCACAUCUUCUAUUGACGGCAACGUGCAAUUGGAGACACCAACCGCUGUCAUACCUAUCGGAGGCAUCAGAAUCAACAUAACUAAAACAAUACCAGCCGCUGUCACCCAGGAGCCGUCCCUGGAGGAAAUCAGUGCUGAUGAUGAGCCCCUACCUCCUGGUGAAGAACCGGAGCUUGAAUACAAGUUGAAACCUAACUUAGAAGGUAUACAGUUCAGUAGACAACCACCGGUCAACAAAGGUAAUGAAUUAUCAGGACUUUGUUCUAUUAUGUGAAAAAUGGUAGCUUUCAAUGGGUUGAAAUUUUUAUUUAUUUUGCAUUGCAUUAAUUCAAG